UGCUUAAGGACCAUAACAGUGUUAGUAAUAACUUCCGGACAACCACCGACUUUAUUAGCCAAAAUGGUCCAAGUUUUCCUUCCUUGAUAUUUCAAGAACCUGGAGAAGACAAGAUCCUCUAACUCCCUCACCCAGAAAAAAAAAUGGGUGAAAUUCUUUCUUGUUUUCUGUUCAUGAUCAUCAUUCUAUCUUUGAAUAUCAAUAUCGUUUUCACAUCAUCAAGCAAUAAUGAUCAAUUGCAGACAAAGACUUACAUCGUCCAAAUGGAAAAAUCAGCCAUGCCAGCCCAAACAUUCAUUCACCACAAAGAAUGGUAUGCCUCAACAAUCAAAUCAGUGAUCAUCAACCACGAUUCAGAAGCUGAAAACAGGGUAAUCUACACUUACGACACCGCUUUCCAUGGCGUCGCUGCUCGUCUAACCGAACAAGAAGCAGAAAGACUUAACAGUCAACACGGGGUUAUCUCAAUAUUCCCUGAAACCAUAUAUCAACUCCAUACCACCAGAAGUCCUACCUUCCUUGGUCUAGAAAAAACAGAGCAUGCCACAGGUAACAAUGUCUGGCCCGAAAACCUAGGAAAUCACGAUCAAGUCAUAAUCGGCGUUCUAGACACCGGUAUAUGGCCAGAAAGCCCGAGUUUCAACGACACCGGAAUGAAACCGGUUCCAUCUUCCUGGAAAGGAGCGUGCGAGACAGGCCGAGCCUUCGAAACCCAUCAUUGUAACAAAAAAAUAAUCGGCGCAAGAGUAUUCUACCACGGUUACGAAGCUUCUUACGGGAAAAUCAACGAGCAAGAUGAAUACAAAUCACCCAGAGAUCAAGACGGUCACGGAACCCACACGGCAGCAACUGCUGCCGGCUCCCCCGUAAGCGGCGCGAACCUCUUGGGCUACGCAGCCGGAACCGCUCGCGGAAUGGCUCCACACGCGAGGCUCGCUGCCUACAAAGUCUGUUGGACCGGCGGUUGUUUCAGUUCCGACAUAAUUUUUGCAGUGGAUCGAGCCGUGGCAGACGGCGUAAACGUUCUAUCGAUUUCGUUGGGAGGCGGCGUGUCGGCUUAUUACCGAGACAGUUUAUCGAUAGCGGCAUUCGGCGCGAUGGAAAAAGGAGUUUUUGUAUCGUGUUCGGCUGGAAACGGCGGGCCUAACCCGAUAAGCCUUACGAACGUAUCGCCCUGGAUAGCUACGGUCGGAGCUAGCACCAUGGAUCGGGACUUUCCGGCGACUGUAAAGCUCGGGACGGGUAAAACCACGGCCGGGGUAUCGCUUUACAAAGGAAGGAUAAACUUGUCCACAACAAAACAAUAUCCUCUUGUUUAUAAAGGAAGCAACGCCAGCAGCCCGGAUCCAACCUCGUUGUGUCUAGACGGAACGUUGGAUCGACGCUCGGUCGCGGGCAAGAUCGUGAUAUGCGACCGAGGAAUCAGCCCGAGGGUUCAAAAAGGACAGGUUGUGAAAGACGCCGGAGGCGUCGGCAUGAUACUGUCUAACACCGAGGCCAACGGAGAGGAGCUUGUCGGAGACUGUCAUCUAAUCCCGACCGUCGCCAUCGGGGAAAAAGAAGGAAUAGAGAUCAAACGAUACGCUUUAACAAACCGAAACGCAACCGCCACCCUGGCGUUCCUCGGGACUAAACUCGGUAUACGACCGUCGCCGGUGGUGGCGGCGUUUUCAUCGAGAGGGCCCAAUCUCCUGACGCUUGAGAUCAUGAAACCGGAUAUUAUAGCGCCGGGAGUGAACAUUCUCGCCGCUUGGACCGGAGAUGCAGGACCGUCGGGUUUGCCGACAGAUCGUAGAAGAUUGAAGUUCAACAUACUCUCCGGCACUUCCAUGUCGUGUCCCCACGUUAGCGGUAUCGCCGCGUUACUAAAAGGCAGCCAUCCCGAUUGGAGUCCGGCCGCGAUUAAAUCCGCUUUAAUGACAACCGCAUACGUCCACGAUAACACCCAAAACCCAUUGAAAGACGCUUCGACAGACGGACCAUCCGAUCCUUACGUUCACGGUUCGGGACACGUGAACCCGGUUAAAGCACUCGACCCCGGUUUAGUUUACGACAUUUCACCGCAGGAUUACUUGGAGUUCUUGUGCGCACAGAAACUAACCCCGGGACAGUUAAAAGUUUUUGCGAAAUUCUCAAACCGAACCUGCCGACACUCACUUGCGAAUCCAGGAGAUUUGAACUAUCCAGCUUUGUCUGUUGUGUUCUCGGAGGAUAGUAGAGUUUCAGAAGUGACACUUCAUAGGACUGUCACUAAUGUCGGCCCGGCUGUUUCGCACUACCACGUUGAGGUUUCGCAAUUGAAAGGUGUGGUCAUUGAUGUUGAGCCAAGAACGCUGAAUUUCACCAGGAAGUACGAGAAAAUAGCUUAUAAGAUCAGAUUUACAACGAAAUUGCGACAAGUAGGUCCACAAUUUGGAGAUUUGAUCUGGAAGGAUAAUUUACACUUUGUAAGAAGCCCCGUCAUAAUCACAUGGCUAUCACCAAUAUGAACCAACAAUUAAUGAUGUCCUAAUAAUCAAUCAAACCUCACCAUUUAUAUUAUGGCUCACUUGUUUUUAUCACAUGUAGGGGUGAGCAAUCUAAAUUUUAAUGCAUUUUAUUAUGAUUUAUGAAAUGUCUUAUUUUUUUUUUUGUUCAA